UGCGCGACGAAUGUACCGCACUUUUCUCCGUCGCAGAUCAUUAUAUCCUCGACUUUUUUGUGUCAUUUUGAAGAGCUUAAAAUUCUGAAUAGAAAACAUCAAACAGAAUUAUUUUUUCACAUCCACCGUGAAAACUAUUAUCGAAGAAUUUUUGUUUUUUUUGGUCACGACGAAAUGGUCACGCAGUUCUCUAACCAACAUGCAUUUCAUUUGAUCAAAAAGUAAUUCUUUUAAGAAUUCUAUUGUUUUUAAACUAAAGAAAUCUAUUUAGGGUGAAUAUUAUGUAUUUAUCAAUAUUGAUGGAACAAUAAUUAAUUUAUUAAAUAUAUUAAAUAAUCAAAUAAAAAAUUUUGUUUAUAAAAAACAAAAUUUAUCAUUUCAUGAAAAAAUUACAUGUGCACAAAUUCAUCCAAAUGAAGAAUGUCUUCAUAUAAUUGGAAGUCAUUUAUCAAUUGUACAAACAAUCGAUGGAAUUAAUCAUUUGUUUAUUCCCCAACAAGCUUCUUUACCAUCUGGUGUUAUGCGUCAAGAAUCAAUUGUUAUCAAUAGUGGAAAACCUGGUUAUCUUCAAUUUAUCUCAAUUAAUUAUGGAAAAUUACUUUAUUAUUUGGAUAUUGUUCAAGAAAAUAAUGUUUCACCAAACGAUAUAACUGAUUGA